CAACGGCCACCCGGAGGAUCCACUAGCUCUGCUGCCCAGCCCCCCCUACAGGAAACAGCAUCGCACUCCCCCCACCACAACCUCAGAGGCCACCAACACACACACGCACCUCUUCCCCUCUCCCUUCGCGAUCUCUCUUCUCGCCGUCGCCGCACGAAUCCUCCUCGCCUCGACUCCAGCUCAAGGGUCCGACGUACGUACGGCGAGCCACCGGCCGGAGCUACUGCGCAGAGAUUUUCGUUCCAUCUGGAUUUCUGGGCUAGAAGAAAGAUCCAUGCAGUGAUUAGCGUGUCAAGAAUCUCUACUGAACAAGUAUGGCCGAUACUCCGACUUCCCGGAUGAUCCACCCCUUCAGCAACAUGCAGAGGCAGAACCCGAAGCAGUUCCAGUUCCAGUACCCGGACAACCCACAGCAUCCCUGCCACCCUUACCAGCCAUCUCCAGACACCCACGUCGUGCCACAGCAUCACUACAGCCUCAAGUCUCACUCGUCAGAUGCUAGCUACGAGAACCAUGUUGCUCAGAUGAAGCACACUCUGGUGGACUCCUCGGCCGCGGCCGGCUGCAUGAGGCACGACUCGCCCUCCAGCCAUAGCUUCACUCCUCCGUCCAUCAGGAGCGGCAGUGGCAGCCCUUCGUCUCACGACGACAGCCACUCCGACUCCACGGACGGGUCUCCUGUCAGUGCUUCAUGCGUCACUGUGACGACCGAGGAUCCUAACGAUCUGAAGCAGAAGCUCAAGGACCUCGAGGCUGAGAUGCUUGGGCCAGACGCCGCUGAGAUAGUUAACAGCCUCGAGAGCUCGGUGGCGAAGCAGCUCUCGCUGGAGCCGGAGAAGUGGGCGCAGAUGAUGGACUUUCCCAGGGGCAACCUCAAGGAGCUGCUGCUUGCUUGUGCCAGAGCUGUGGAAGAGAAGAACAUGUACGCGGUCGACGUGAUGGUGCCGGAGCUGAGGAAGAUGGUUUCGGUCUCCGGUACGCCGCUCGAGAGGCUGGGAGCCUACAUGGUGGAAGGGCUCGUCGCCAGGCUCGCCUCCUCCGGCCACUCCAUCUACAAGGCCUUGAGGUGCAAGGAGCCCAAGAGCUCCGACCUGCUGUCCUACAUGCAUUUCCUGUACGAGGCCUGCCCCUACUUCAAGUUCGGCUACAUGUCGGCCAACGGCGCCAUCGCGGAGGCCGUCAAGGGGGAGGACAGGAUCCACAUAAUCGACUUCCAUAUCGCUCAAGGAGCUCAGUGGAUCUCCCUCCUCCAGGCCCUUGCGGCCAGGCCCGGCGGACCGCCGACCGUGAGGAUCACCGGCAUUGAUGACUCGGUGUCAGCCUACGCGCGAGGCGGCGGGCUGGACCUCGUUGGGAGGAGACUGUCGCACAUCGCCGGCCUCUGCAAGGUUCCCUUUGAGUUCCGCUCGGUCGCCAUGGCCGGCGAGGAGGUGGAGGAGGGGCACCUCGGGGUGGUCCCCGGGGAGGCACUGGCGGUGAACUUCACCCUGGAGCUGCACCACAUCCCGGACGAGACGGUGAGCACGGCGAACCACCGGGACCGGAUCCUGCGGCUGGUGAAGGGGCUGAGGCCCAAGGUGCUGACCCUGGUGGAGCAGGAGUCCAACACCAACACGGCCCCGUUCCCGCAGAGGUUCGCCGAGACGCUGGACUACUACACGGCCAUCUUCGAGUCCAUCGACCUCACGCUGCCCAGGGACGACAGGGAGCGGGUCAACAUGGAGCAGCACUGCCUGGCGAGGGAGGUGGUGAACCUGAUCGCGUGCGAGGGCGCGGAGCGGGUGGAGCGACACGAGGUGUUCGGCAAGUGGAAGGCGCGCCUCACCAUGGCCGGCUUCAGGCCCUCGCCGCUCAGCUCGCUGGUCAACGCCACCAUCAGCAAGCUGCUGCAGAGCUACUCCGACAACUACAAGCUCGCCGAGAGGGACGGGGCGCUCUACCUCGGCUGGAAGAAGAGGCCCCUCGUGGUCUCGUCCGCCUGGCACUAGCGCUGCGGUCGUCAUAUCAUGGCCAACUGCUUUGUGACCAUGCUUUUCGUAGGCGAAUCUAGAUGCAUGCUUAAUGCUUUGCUGGACUAUAGGGGUGUCCUGCUGAUGCUGUUGCUGCUGCUGCUGCUGUGGAGAAGAAUAGCUCCUGUAACCUGUUGUUGUAAUGCCGAACUUAGGUCUAAAAGCCUGAAUAUGGCUGAUGAGAUGUAGUGUAAGUUUUUACCGUAUAUGUUUCAGUUUUAUGUUUCAGUUUCAGACUUCUAAUCGUAAUCUUGUUGUCUAAUCAUAAUGUUAUUGCAUUUAA